AUGCCUAGAUCGUCUGCAGCUUCUGUGAAGAAAUCCUCGAAGAUGGUGUCUGCCAAGAAACCUGUAGUGAAGCCGUCCCAUCCACCAACCAGCGAGAUGGUUAACGCAGCCAUUGGAGCCCUCAACGAAAAGAAGGGCUCGUCGCUCCAAGCUAUCAAGAAAUACAUCGCUGGCACUUACGUCGUUGAUGUCGAAAAAAUGGCUCCGCUGAUCAGGAAGUACUUGAAAACUUCUGUUGAGAAAAACAUCCUUAUACAGACCAAGGGUAUUGGUGCAUCUGGUCGCUUCAAGCUUACAGUCAAACCAGGUGGAAAAUCUAGCAACAUCACCAGGCCCACGCGUCAAGCGCCAGCUACAACUUCGCCGAAGGCAAAGAAGACCAGCAAAUCACCAGCUGCUAAACCCAAGACUCCAAAGCCCAAAAAGUCGACCGCAGCCAAGCCUAAAAAAGCUUGA